GAAGAAGACGCUGUACCUGACGGGCGGAGCCCUGCUGGCCGCCGCCGCGUACCUGCUCCACGAGCUGCUGGCCAUUCGUAAAGAGGAAGAGCUCGAUUCGAAAGAUGCUAUCAUACUGCAUCAGUUUUCAAGGCCUAGGAAUGGCGUUCCGAGUUUAUCCCCGUUCUGCCUGAAAAUGGAAACGUACUUGAGGAUGGCUGAUUUACCCUACCAGAACUACUUUGAUGGAAAACUUUCCCCUCAAGGGAAAAUGCCUUGGAUUGAAUACAAUCACAAGAAAGUAUCUGGCACCGAGUUCAUUAUUGACUUUUUGGAAGAGAAACUUGGAGUGAAUUUAAAUAAACACCUUGGUCCCCAUGAAAGAGCUGUUUCCAGAGCUGUGACCAAAAUGGUGGAGGAGCACCUGUACUGGACUUUAGCUUAUUGCCAAUGGGUGGAAAAUCUUCAUGAGACUCAAAAGAUGGUUUCGCUUUUUGGCCCCUUCAGCGACUUGCUGAAGUGGAUCUUUUGCCAUCUGACCAAAGGAAUCGUGAAGCGGGAAAUGUACGGCCAUGGCAUUGGGCGCUUCUCGGAGGAGGAGAUGUACACGCUGAUGGAGAAGGACAUGCGGACUCUGGCAGGCCUCCUGGGUGACAAGAAGUACAUUAUGGGAUCAACUGUUUCCACUGUUGAUGCCACUGUCUUUGGACAUCUGGCACAGGCAAUGUGGACAUUACCAGGGACUCGACCAGAGAGACUAAUCAAAGGUGAACUGAUUAACCUUGCUAUGUAUUGUGAAAGAAUAAGGAGGAAAUUUUGGCCAGAAUGGCACCAUGAUGAUGACAACACUCUGUAUGAAUCUGAGGAAAGCAGCGAAGCAAGCAAGACUUACUCCCCUUUGCAGGACUUCAGUUUUUAUUCAAGGACAGAAACAUUUGAUGAAGAAGGGAACAGUAUUUCCCAAACCCCUGACACAGAUUACACUGGACAUUCCCUCUUUGACUCGGAUGUGGACAUGGAUGAGUACAGAGAUCAUGAACAAUGCAAGUGAAAUGUACAAGUGUCUCCCAUUGUGCAGAUAAGCUGUUUAUUGGGAUCACCUGAUUUGUUUUCUCCUUCAGGUCAGGAAGAGGUUUAUACCACUUUGGAAGAGACUAUUGUGCUUGAUUCAGCUGUCACAUACUGCUUGGACUAUUUCAGCCAUAUUUUGUUUUGUGUAAUUGUUCAGGUGGACCAAGAUAAACACAUUUUAAACACAUGUGGGCAAACUGGAGGUCUAGAGGGCAGCAGGACCUUUAAAUCUAUUAUUUUUGUUCAUGUUCAGAACCAGAUCCCCCAUCCAAGUGGGAUGAACUUCUGGGAAGUGGAGCAUUUGUCACAACUGGUUUGUGCUGUUAUCUUACCUUUACAGCAACAGGUUGAGGACAAAAAUGGAAGAGGCAUGACUGGUACAGCUUUCUUCCAUGGAAGCAGAUGAGAUGAAAAGGCCCUGGUGGUGUUGGUUGACUGCCAUCUCAAGAUAAGCCAGUGGUGUGCUGAGGUGCAUCAGAUUCAUGCAGCACACUGGCCUGUAUUAGCAAUAGUGUGGCCAGCAGGACCGGGGCAGUGAUUGUGCCCCUGUCUCAGCACUGGUGAGGCUGCACCCCAAAUCCUGUGUUCUGUUCUGGGCCCUUCACUACAAGAAAGUCAUUGCGGUGCUGGAGCUUGUCCAGAGAAAGAUAAUGAAGCUGAUGAAAGGAACUGGAACACAAGUCUUGUGCGGGACAGCUGAGGGAGCUGGGGGUGUUUAGCCUGGAGAAAAGUAGUCUCAGAAGGGACCUUAUCACUUUCUACAAAUGUCUGAAAGGAGAUUGUAGCAAGCUGGGGGCUGGUCUCUUCUCCCAGGCAACAAGCUCUAGGAUAAGAGAAAUGACUCAAGGUGUGCCAGGGGAGGUUUGGAUUGGGUAUUGGGAAGACCUUCACUGAAAGAGUUGUCAAGCAUUGGAGCAGGCUGCCCAGUCACCACCCCUGGAGGUACUUAAAAGCCAUGUAGAUGUGGCACUUGGGGGACAGUGUUUGCUGGUGGUCUUGGUAGUGCUGGGUUAACACUUCGACUUGAUGCUCUCAAAGGUCUUUCCCAAGCUAAAAGAUUCUGUUAUUUGGCUAAGCUUCACGGGAAUUUUAUUUGAUAGCUACCAUAUUUUGGGUGCAUAUAUUACAGGAUCUGCAGGAAGAAUUGCUCCCAGUUCUUUUGGAGACAGUCAAGGAAGGAUGGAGGAAAGCAUAUUCCUGCAAAAAGGAGCUGGUCAGUGUUUCUUGUUCUUUGCAGAAAGCUGAAAUCAUUACUCUGGAAUACUUCUAUGCAGGAGGGAGAUGUCAAUGUUAACUCAUCUGGAAUGCAUGUUGGUCAAAUUUCUUCUGUGCUUUUGAAUAACUAUUAUGUUUUUAACUCCCUGCCCAUGGCUGCUGUCGGCUAUUUCUGGGCAAGAGCUGGGAUUUGUUGCUAAAAGUCUGGUGUGUCUCAGCAGUGAGUGCUUUGUGUACUUUACCAACAGACAUAGCAAACCCAUGAAGGUUGCAAAGCAGUUUGAGGUAUUAGUAGGCGUGGGAUGCUGUGUAGUUGCAAGAUGUUGGCCCAGGCAGUUGAAUGCUUUAUAGCUAUCUAGGAACGUGCUUCAGGGGGUGCUGGGCACUGUGCUGGCUUGCAGUGCACAGUCUCUAAAGCUGAUGCACGGGAGGAGGUGAGACGGGACAGUUCCCUCAGCACUGCUAUGUGUGUGGGGAAAUUCAGAUACUGAAAACAUGACCAGAAUUGAAUUUAAGUUGCCUUUGCUGGCACAUCUGGGAUGUGGAUCUGGGUCUCAUAAUGAUUGCACAGGUUCUGACAUGCUUUGUGUUCAUGUCUCCCUAAAUGCAGGUUAGAGAUGAGAAUAAAUCCAUUAGAUUUACUCACAGCUUUGAAGUUAAGCAUGUACUUCAGUGUUGCUUGGCCAUGAUUAGUUAUUUUAGUAGAGAGAGAGAGAGCAUAUCAAAUGUACUGAGCUGUUGUGUUUUUAAAUAUGCAUAUAAAAUUGGGUAUUUGACUGCACACUUUGUUGGUGGCCCGUUUUAAUGAUGACUUUCUCACUGAUUUACAGUUAAAUGAAUAAGUAUCCCUCAGCAAAAUUUUUAUAAUGUGCUGGUUGUACCAAAUGUUGUAGGAGCAGACAGGGCAGAUGACUGCUUUAGGAUGUUAAUUGAUAGUUGUAGUGAGUCUGGAGCUUGAAAUAACUCCAGCACUCAAAGAAUAGCUUUCUCCCUGGGAUCCUUGAGUGCCUUCGGCAGAGGAAAGUGCCUGCUCUGGGGAAACGUGGAGUUAGCCAUGGCUUUGAAAGCAGGGACACCUUUGUUUGCAAUGAAGCCCCAGGUCUGUUCAUGCAUGGGAGCCACUGCUGACAGUGAGAGCUGACAAGUUUGGUGUGGAUUUACACCUGUUUCCACAAUUCCAUAGGCGUGUCCUUGGAGCCAUGUUCCAGUCAAUGUUGUGGACAAGUAUCAUUUGCAAAGUGGACCAAAACUGAGGAGGAAGAUAUCAUCUAGUUACUUGGGACCCUUCUCAGGAUAUUAAGCACAAGAAUAGGGUACAAGAAGUUAAGUCUUGGGCUUGAAAGUGCAGAGGUGAUGGCCUGAAAUAACUCCAUGGCCAAGUCAGGAGAGAUUUUAUCUGCAAAAAUAUAGGUAUUGAAAUUCUGAAUGAAAGGAAUCUGUGUCAAAAAGCUCCUAUUUGAAAGCAUUAGUGUGUUGGAAAUUCUGAUGGAGAUGUUCUCACUCGUUUACUGAUGCAUGCUUGAAGGCUGUGCUUUCUCCAUUUGUUCAGCAUUGCAAGGUGUGCUUGCAGCAGAUGAGUCCCAGUCAUUAAAAGACCAUUAAAGGACAGUCAGACCUCUUUUAAAGGAUUAAAUCCAUGCAUUUUCUUUUGAAAGCUGUCUUGGUAAAUUGUUGCGGGGAAACAAACAAGUUUUAAAAAAUUAAUUAAAAUGUGUUCAUUCAUCUUGGUUUGGGGAAAAAAAAAAAGUGUUUUCUUAAAGAGGAGCCAAUUGUUUUUGACUUUCCAAAAUUUUGCUAAAAGAACAACGUUUUCAUAGUUUUGCAGUCUUUUUUUUCCCAUCAUAUCUAUUUUUAAUGUUAGUGCUGAGGGGCUGUACAGAACUAAAAAUAGUCAGAGAGCAUAUUUUUUUCCUUUUGGUUUUUUUUUUAUUUUUUUUCUUUUUUUCCUCCCUCACUGAUUAAAAUUGUGAGCGAGUCCAUUGUAGGGAUGCUGGAGGUCCUGACUGUGCUCCUGGUGGGUUGAGGGUCAGCAGGUGUCUCUGCAGCCAUGAAACCUGGGACAGCUGUGGAUUGCCAGCUGCCCAGCAGGUGAGCUGGGAUAGCGGCUUCUGCCAGGAGCUGGAGGCCGAUGGAUGCCAGGACGUCAUCUCUGAGUUGACACAGACCACAUAAGGUUUUUCCCUGGCUGGGGGUCCCUCUGCCACAGCCAGAAACUCACUGUGGGGUGAUGUUAGGAAGGGUUUGGGGGCCCCUGAUGCAAGUCAGAUGUCAGUGAUGUCUCUGAGAGCAUCAUGGGUGCCAGCACCAAACCUGGUCCCAGCCACAAGCCUGGCCUGGUUUGGGGUAGUGGCAGUGCAAGGUACUGGCAGGAGGAAAGCUGUCUUGGGGCUCCACUGCACCUCCUCAAAAUAGGAGCAGCCCCUCUCAAAAUAGGGCAGGGGAGCCCUUGGAUGGUCAUUGGAGUAGGCAGUGGAGAAGGGAAUGGUGGGAUACAGGGAGUUGCCAAGUGGUGGGUCUCUGCAGGAGGACUUGGGCUGUACCUGUGGCCUGGCUCAUGCCACUGUUCAGUGGAUGGGUGGGACCUCCAUCCUCCAAUCUGCUCUGCUUGAGUUGGAGCCUGAGCUCAUAUCUUGGAGAGGAGACAGCACCGUUCCUCCUGGUUACUUUAUCUUAAAUACUGCCAAAGGCUAAGUACUGCCUUUGUGUUUCCAUAGUGCUGCUUUAAAAGAGUGAGUAAUUGGUCUGCCCCUCAUUUGGCAAAUGGGAGUUCAAAACAAGCCCUGCAUUUCCAAUGGAGUUAGAUUUGAAGCAGUCUGUUGGGUUUUUCUCAUGUGAAUUGCAGUUUUUGACUGUGUGACACUGUCGUGUCAGAAGGGAUUUGUUUACCCCUGUCAGUCUCAUUGGCUCUGUCAGCAGAGCUCACUGUUACCGAUGGGGGAAACAGGCGCUGGGAUGUAUAGGUCCUACAGAAAUCCUGAAAAUGUGGUGUUUGAUUUAAAAACCAAACUGAACCUGAUGUUUCAGAUCUGGAGGACUGUUUCCAUCCAAUUAUAGCACUGCAAGUAACACAUUUUGAUCUUUAAAACCUUGGCAAUGUCCCUCCAGAUCUAUAUUCUCUUUGAAAAAAUACUGCCUGAAAUAUUUCUGCAGCAACAGUUCAGGCACAAAUUUGCUUUUGUCAGUGAUGUCUGCUCAAGUAAUCAUGACAGUUUCAUACUGUUUUCCUUGAAAGGCCUGUAUCUGUCAGAUGCUAAGCCUUACAAAAUAUUGCCUGCUGGAAAAGCGUGUUAUGUGCAGAUUUAUGCAGGGCAGCUCACCAAGUGAAAUUUCUGUGGCAGGGGAUGAAUUCAAGUGGGUCUUGUCCUUACGUGUUUGAAUAAGAAUUUGAAUCUGUUUUUUGACAAGUAGCUGUUUGGCCUUACCCUCGUUCCCUCCCCAAAUACUGCAAAAUUAUGGUUUAGGCAUGUGAUACUAAUAAAGCAAAUUAUUCUCUCUGAAUGCAGAAUUAAGUUGGAUGGUCCUGUUGCUGGGAUAUGGAAAUGGGUAUCCAUAGGUGUGAGUCGUGCCCAUACAUGUCAGCAGCUGUGAUCCGAAGGAGUGUGCACGCUGUACUGUUUAAUGUCACGGAACCAGAGGACUGGAGGUUCUCUGAAUGACUGCAGUGCCUUUCAGCAGUUGAUCAGUGCUAUGGGGUAGCCAUGUAUGCUGUGCUUUGGGUGCUCCUUAGUGCUGGGUAGACUGUGCAGGGGCUCAUCUUGGUAGCUCUGGCUCCUGUGGGGCAUCAGCCUGCUGUCAUCCCAUAGCUGAGCUGCAGAGACAAGGGUCUGUUUGGGAGUGAGCAUUGGCAGUGAGCAGAGCUUUGACUCUGCUGGUGAACGUGGGCUGUUGUAUUGAGCUGGUGUCCCAUAGAGUGAAGGUGUUCCCCUGCACCACGUGUGUGCAUUUAAUUUUCAGGCCAGUGACCCCAGUCUUCACAGCUUUGCCUCAGUGGAGAGAAGGGUUGCAAUGUGAAUCAGCUCUGUCUCAGUGGUUUGGGGCAGUCCUCUCUUCGAUGGCCUUUGGAGAGGGCUUCUUCUGUGGUCAUUCCCCAUGGAGGUGCCCCAUUGUGAAGUACUUCUUAGAGGUUUCUGCAGCUCUCUGAAAUUUGGAAAGUUAAAUGGUAUUAGUCUGUGUACAGCACAGGAAUGCCAGUCACUGAAAACACUGUGUGUCACUACAAUGUUAAACUCUUAGUUCUGUGUCCUGGUUGCACCACUCCCAGGUUUUUCAAGGCCAAGGAGAUAGUUAUGGGCUUUUGGUCAGACUUCAGCGUAAAAGGGUUUGUGGGAUUUCAUGUAAUGAUUUACACUUUCAGCUCAACAAGCUAAAGCUGAAACAUAUGCUUCCAAAAGGCAUUCAGGUUUUGCAGAAUAAAUAAAAUCCUGCUCCACUUUGAAGUCGUUGACAAAAGUGCCAUUUGCUUCAGCGGUGCCGGAGUUUCCAACAGAGCUUCCAAGUGACCCUGAAUUUACCACUUCUCUCAUUUCUGUCUAGUUAAUUAUACUUAAGUAAAAUUUUUCUUUAUUGUGGACAGUAAAGCAAACAAGAUGUGGCUGUUCUUUUUUAAGCUCCCUAAAAAAAAGUGCUUUUUUCGGCUGCACUGGUCACGUUGAUAUUUUCACUGGGCACUAUGAUUGUUUGUGUUCUUCCCUCACUUCUUAAUUUGUUCUUCUAACUUAUCUUUCUUUGAAUGUACAGGUUUUUAUUUUUCAGGAUACUUGAAGAAUGAAAGUCCCAAAGACAGGGGUGUGCAAUCCAGCAAGAAUAAAGUGUAUGUAGAUGUGUAUGGGCAAGGGAUAUAUCCAGCUCUAGAUGCAGUGUACAAGGUUUAACAAAAUGAAGCAACACAUUUCUAAAUGGGGACUCUGAUGCUGUAGCUGCAUUAUAUUGUUUGUCUAUGAACUACACGAGACAUAUGUCAUUUUAGCACUGUUAUUACUAGUUUAUAAAGCCAUAUUUGAAAUUGUACACUUAAUUGUAACAUAACUUUAAAUCGUGCACUGUGUUGAUCAAUGUACAUAUAUAUGAAGAUCUGUAUAUUUUGUCUUUAUGCUGUAUGUCAUUGGUGUGUAAAUUAUAACUAAUGGAUCUAAGAUAC